AUGGGGAAUUCCUUUCUCCUCGAGUUCAAUGUGUCUGAUCGUUUCUACCUGUGCCGUUUCUGCCAAAACCACCUUGCUCUUUGCAAAGAUUUCAGUCUCAACUACUCGCCUGUGACAGGGGUGACUGGAGGUGUAUUUGAUGAAGUGGUGAAUGUGCAUGUAAACGAAUUAGAGAAGCUGAGGCAACUUGGUCCUCACACAGUCGCAGAUGUCUACUGUAGCAAAUGCGAGAAUCUACUGGGAUGGAAAUUUAUCGAAGUAUAUGAAGAGGAUCCAGUCGCAAGAAAAGACAUCGUAAUGUUGCAAAUGGGGAAGCUGCAGGAAAGGUAUGGAAAUCAAAUAGAAGAAGCAGUUGAACCUAGAGCAAAUGCAACAACAGGAGUGCCAGUAGUUAAGGAAAUAUAA